AAGAGAGAGAGAGCGAGAAAAAAGGGCAGAUCCAAUGAGAAGAGAUCUAUUUCGAACAAUUUUCAACCCCCACAAAGGAAGAAGAAGAAAAAAAACCAACCUUUUUUUUUCCUCCUCCGGUUAGCUAAAUGGCCGUGGCCUGGCUUCUCCGGCCGUUCGUGCUCGCUCUCACAGCACUUUUUGCCUUCUUACCUCUCUCCAGUUCCAUAACCGAGUCCGAAUCCCUGUUGAAAUUCAAACAAUCCUUACCCCACGCCAAAUCUCUCGAUUCUUGGGGCCAAAAUUCCGAGCCUUGCGGCAAGAAUUUCAGAUGGUUCGGACUCCUCUGCAACAAAAACUCCGUCUUUGGCCUCCAGCUCGAGCGGAUGGGACUCUCCGGGAGCAUCGACGUCGCCUCCUUGACGGGUCUACCUGGUUUGAGAACCAUCAGCAUUAUGAACAAUUCCUUCACAGGCGCUAUACCAGAGUUUAACCGGUUAAAAUCCCUGAAAACGGUUUACCUUUCCGGGAAUAGAUUUUCCGGUACGAUCCCGCCUGAUUAUUUUGCUAAUAUGGCGUCUCUGAAGAAGGUUUGGCUGUCGAACAACGAGUUCUCAGGUCCCAUCCCUAUUUCUUUGGCCACCGGAUUGCCCAAUCUCAUUGAGGUACACCUUGAGAACAACAAGUUCAAUGGCCCUAUACCGGAUUUCGCCCAACAAUCUUUGGUUCAGGUUGAUUUCUCGAAUAACCAACUAACUGGAGAGAUACCACCCGGUUUGUCAAAGUUCGAUACUCGAUUCUUCGCUGGAAAUGUCGGCCUUUGUGGACAGAAACUUGGAACUUCCUGUCAACACAAAACCAAUUCGAGUUCACGGAUUGUGACAGAAGGGUCAAUGAGAAAUGCAUCUAAAAUCAAAUACGUCAUCGCAUUCGGGACACUAGGCGGUCUUAUUCUCAUCGUCUUAGCUUCCAUCGUUUUCCGGAAGACGAAAAAGAAGAUAAGCAGGGCAAACCCUCGAAGUGAUCAGAAUGAUGGCACCAGGGAUCAUCAUGUUCAGGUCACGGUGGCUGGAUCGAGAAACGAUUCAGACAAGCCAAGAGUCGGUAGGAAAGGUGGCACGGCCAACAAGCUCACGGCAGGUGCAGAGCUGGUUAUGGUGAACCGAGAAAAGGGAGUUUUUGGAUUACCGGACCUGAUGAAUGCUGCAGCCGAGGUGCUGGGUGGGCUCAGCACCGGCCGGACGAGCAGUGCGAGCCGGCCAAGCAGCGGUGGAAACGUGGGCUCGACGUACAAGGCGGUGAUGGGGAACGGAGUCGCCGUGGUGGUGAAGAGAGUGACGGUGAUGAACCAAAUGAGCAAAGACGUGUUCGACAAGGAAAUCAGGAGACUAGGAAGCUUGCGCCACAAGAAUCUAUUGACCCCUCUGGCUUACCAUUUCCGGCAAGACGAGAAGCUCCUGAUCUCCGAAUUCGUCCCCAAUUUGAGCUUGCUUCACCGAUUACAUGAAGAUCAUGGUGAGUUAGGGUUAGAAUUAGAUUGGCCCGCUCGCCGCAAAAUCAUCCAGGGGAUCGCCAGAGGAGUGGAGUAUCUCCACCGGGAGUUAGGGUUUCUCACUUUGCCCCAUGGGAACCUGAAAUCCAGCAAUGUUCUUCUCUCCAGCGACGGCGAGCCUCUGAUCUCCGGAUUCGGGUACCACCGCCUGAUCAAUCCCGAGGCCCAAAUUCAAUCCCUAGUCGCGUACAGAUCACCCGAAGUAGAUCGAACCGGAACCGUGUCGGCGAAAUCCGAUGUGUUCUGCGUCGGAGUCGUGAUCCUCGAGAUUCUCACCGGGAAAUUCCCGUCGCAGUACGCUGGAUUGGGGCGAGCCGGCGGGACAGACAUCGUGGAGUGGGUGGGCUCCGCCGCAGAACACGGCGGAUGGAUGGAGCUCCUCCACCCUACGGUCGCCGCCGCCGCCGACUCGGACCAGACCGCCGACGAAGUCGAGAGGAUUCUACGCGUGGGUGUUAGAUGUACCGGAGAAGAUCCAGAUCAGAGACCGGAGAUGAUUGAGAUCGUCGAGGAAACCAGGACGAACAAAGAAUCCAAGGACGAGUUCAUCACGAUGACGUGAUGGGUAACGCCGCCGAUGAACCUCCAUGUUCGUCAUCCCCGCCGCCGUCGAGCAUAUUUUUACCAUUUUUUUAUUAUUUUAGUUUAAUUAUUUUUAAAUAUUAAAAGAUAUUGUGUAUUUUUGGUAAUAUGGACUGAGGUUUUGACAUUGUAAAGAAAUGUAAAAUGUUUAGGCAAAUAUUUUGUUUUACUUU